CAUCAAACAAAUUCAGGCAAAACUCUUGUUGAACAACCUCACGACGAUGAGCCUAUGGGACCUUUUGAAGGACCUGAAAAAUUACUUGAAUUAUGGUUUGCCGAUUCUCGAAAUGACGUCUUGGACGGCGGAUUGAUGCGCGUAGACCGUCAAGUAUGGGAGAACAUGUUGGAUAUCGUCAAAUGCAAAGUGUUGAGCGUUAUUCAAGGCGAUGACGUAGAUGCCUACCUGCUCAGCGAAUCAUCCAUGUUUGUCUUCCCCCACAAAUUGAUCUUGAAAACAUGCGGCACAACAACUUUGCUUCUAGGCUUGGAACGUUUGCUUUCUAUCGCAUUUGAUACACUCAAAGCGGCUGACAACCCUACCCCAGCAGAAAGUCUCAAUAGCAUGGAACUUGGCAAAUUUGUCAAACGAUGCUUCUAUAGCCGUAAAUCGUUCAUGUUUCCUGAACGUCAAAAAGGCCCACACCGCGAUUGGUUAUUGGAAGUGGGCGUUUUGGAUGAAUACUUUGCCUCAGGAUCUGCCUACACGGUUGGCAAGAUGAAUGGCAACCAUUGGCUUUUGUAUAUGACAUCGCCUACACAAGGAAUGGAUGCAAUCGGAACCGUUGCUCGUCCGCUACGGCUUCCCUCUUUGCCACGUCCAACACCGCCUGCGGAUGAAACGUUGGAAAUUUUGAUGACGCAUCUUUCUCCGGCUUCUUGCGCUCGUUUCGAGUUUCCGGAUUCGGUCGCAACGCCUGAUCCUGCCAAAGUUGCAUGCAAUGAAAAAGAUCGUGGUCAUCUUUUGGGCACACAAUUGAGCUCUACUUUGGGUUUAACACAAUUGUUCGAUGAUACAAUUGUUGAUGCUUAUGCAUUUGAACCUUGUGGAUUCAGUGCAAAUGCUAUCGUCAAGAAUCAGGCAUGCAAAUCCACCGAAGAUGGCUACUGGACCGUCCAUGUGACACCAGAACCAGACAGUUCUUACGCUAGCUUUGAGACCAAUAUCGCUGCAUGCAGAGACGAUAAAGGCUUGCCUUGGCUUGUGGCUCGUGUCUUGAGCAUCUUUGAGCCAUCGAGAUUGAGUGUAACUUUGUUCACUUCCUCAAACAGCUCUUCUCCCGCUCCUUCAUUGCAAGACAUCAAUGAAGAUAAUGAUGGAUACAAAAAAUCUGACAUCUUACACGCUUUACAGUUGAAGAACUACCGUCGUACAGAUCGUAUCGCAUACUCUUUCGAUGAGUAUGAUUUGACUUUUGUCAGCUUUGAU